UCCCGAUCUGAAGCCCUAACCGCCAUUGAAGAGCUUCCAUUUCUGCUGAAAGAAGAGCGUAGUAGAGUGAGUACCAGAAGCUGAGAAGAAGACAAUGGCUACUGUAGACGAAACACCUUCAGCUAAGAGGUGGCUUCCUCUUGAAGCUAACCCCGAUGUUAUGAACCAGUUCCUUUGGGGUCUUGGCCUUCCAGUAGAUCAAGCAGAGUGCAAUGAUGUUUAUGGCUUGGAUGAAGAACUCUUGGAAAUGGUUCCAAAGCCUGUACUGGCGGUUCUGUUUCUUUAUCCCAUAACAAAAAAGAGUGAAAAAGAGAGACUGCAACAACAAGAAGAUGCAAAGAAGGAUCAUAGCAAUCAAGUAUACUUUAUGAAACAAACUGUUGGCAAUGCCUGUGGAACUAUUGGACUUCUUCAUGCCAUAGGGAACAUUACUUCAGAGAUCAAGCUUUCCGAGGGAUCAUUCUUGGAUGGCUUCUUCAAGUCUACCAGAAGCAUGGAUCCAAUGCAGGUUCUAUUUACAAACACAUUGUUAUAUUAUUCUUUGUUCAUGCCGUGUCUAUAUUUGGCUUCGCAGGCUUCGGAAAAUGUAGAUACACACUUUAUCUGCUUCACGUGUGUAGAUGGGAAACUUUAUGAGCUCGAUGGGAGAAAGUCGGGACCGAUAUCACAUGGUGCAACAUCACCCAGCAAUUUAUUAAAGGACGCAGCCCAAGUCAUAAAGGGAAUGAUCGCAAAAAAUCCCGAGUCGCUGAACUUUAAUGUCAUUGCCAUUUCAAAGAAGUCGGGGGACGCCUAGGAUCGAGCUGAUUUAGUCUUACAUCAAUGAUCAUGUCCAACUCCUAGUUAUUGCCUUGUAUACUCGUAUGUUAGGCUUCUGUUACCCAAAAUCAUGUGAAUCUAUAUGAUCUGUAUCCCUGAGUUACGACUUGCAUCAAACUAUCUUUUGUGGUUUACAAAUUUUGCUACUGACAAUAGAAAACAAACUAAAAGUAAGGUGAAAAUGGAGUUUUAAACUUUUAACUAAAA